CCGGACAUGGCGGUGGCCUUGUCCCUCCCUCCCCGUCCGCCCCGCCGAUCCACCCCCCUUGCCCCGCUUCGUCCCCGCUCCCCCCUGGGAGCCCCCGCUCACGGCGAGCUGCGGCCGCGGGGCUGCGGCGGCGAUCGACGGCUCCGCGCACUGCGGCCCCGCCCGCCGCCCGUGUCAGCUGGGCCGGCCCCGCCUCCCGCCGCCGCCGGGCCUGCGCGGGCCGGGCCGGGCCGGACGGGAGUGUGGGUGCCACAGGAACCCCCGGGCCGCGCUCAGGGGCUGCGGGUGGCGGGGCUGGGUUUGGAGCGGAGUUCCGGCGCUGGAGCUGCCGCUGGGAAUCCCCGGGUGGCAGGAAAUUAAAGUCAUCCUGUGUUCACACUGACAAGGAGUUCUGCUGCAUGAAUAUCCUCCUAGUGUUAGAAGAAAGGUCAUAUGAGGGGUUUUCUUUUUUGCAAGUAUGUAGCUGUUUUGAAGCUUAGGCAAAAUCCAGCCAGCCUUUGACACAUCCAACAGGAAGUUUGGUAUAAGCACUUCCAGGGGAAGAACGUGACUGUGAACAGCAGAGGCAAGCAAAGACAUAAAUAGUCAUCAAAGAGAUAUAAUUAGCCAAUGUAUAUGCAGUGUUUGAAAAAUGAAAAUAAAUAACAAUUCAAGUGCA